GUACUUUCAAGCCAUUCUGUGCUUGAAAUGCCCCUCGGGCUGCCAACCCGCAGGUACUUUCAAGCCAUUUCAUGCCGGAAGGCGUGGUGCGAGGGCGUGGUUCCAGGAGAAGCCGUGAAGACCACGCUGGGGGGCAAGAAGUGUUCCGAGCUGCCUUCGCACGCGCUGGUCCGCGACCAACCUUCCUGCAUGUGCUACGACGCGGAGUACAAGGUGCAGCUGGCGAUGUGCGUGAGCACCUGCCCAGGGCUCGGACCGGCCCCGGCACCAGCUGGAGGUGACAACUGCGCCGUUGGUGAUACUUCUUGCACUGCCGGAGCGGCGCCAGGCAAUGGCGGCCCAAGAAGAUUUCUCCUUUACGACACCAAGUACGGCGAGGGGUUUAAUCUCCAGCGAGAGGUGUAUCCUCGUGCUGGCUGGGUCGUGGCGGAGGCUAACAAGGCUUUGGCUGGCAAAUGCGGAUCCAAGCAAGACGGCGACUGUGCUCGCUGGGUCCUGGUGUUGCCUCCAUGGUGCCAGGUGGUACAUUGGUGGACUGGUCCUGAACAUGUGGGCCGCAGUGGCAGCCGCUUGGGAUCUAGAGUAAUCUAG